GCGGAAUCGCCAGCGCAUUUGAAUCCACGACUCAGCUUGUUGCGCCCGCUGCUCGCCCAUUCUGCGCGCUACUUUCUUGCCCACACGAUGAGCGUCGAUUACCUCCUCCACGAAAGCCCUGUGGGCUAUGCCGUCUUCAAGGUUUCGGUCCAGCCAGACACGAUUGGCAAUCGCCUGCAGGAAGUGCAAAAGGCAGUGCAGGACCUGGACAAGUUUGGAAAGACUGUCGAGCUUGUCGGUCUGGCUCCAUUCCAGGGCACCCAAGAUGCGCUUGCCGAAAUCAACGAUGUCUCGGAAGGCAUCAUGUCUGACUUCCUGAGGGCCACUCUCGAGACCAAUCUCCCCAAGGCGGGGAAGAAGAAGACGAUUACGCUUGGCGUGAGCGAGAGGAACCUUGCGGGCAGCAUCAAGGCCGCAUUCCCCAACCUCAGCUGCGAGACCAGCGACACUUCGGAGGUGGUGGCUGAUCUGCUUCGCGGGAUUCGCCAACACAGCAGCAAAUUGAUCAAGAAACUGCAACCCGGUGACAUUGAGCGCUCUAUUCUGGGUCUGGGACACGCCUACUCCAGGUCCAAGGUCAAGUUCAGUGUGCAGAAGCAGGACAAUCACAUUAUUCAAGCUAUCGCGACGCUUGACCAGAUCGACAAGGACCUCAACACGUUUUGCAUGCGCCUGCGCGAAAACUAUGGCUGGCAUUUCCCUGAGCUUGCGAAGAUUGUCAACAGCAACGAACAGUAUGCGAAGGUUGUUUUGCAGAUUGGAGACAAGUCGAAACUGAGCGACGACGACCUGCACGAUCUUGCGGCCGUCGUGGAGGACGACGAAGGGGUUGCGCAGGCCAUCAUCAAGGCGGCCCGGACAUCUAUGGGAAGGGAUCUUUCCGAGGCCGACAUGGAAAUUGUCAUAGCUUUCGCCAAGCGAACCGCUUCUUUGGCUGCGUAUCGCAAGCAGCUCAGCAGCUACCUUGGAAGCCGUAUGAACCAGGUUGCGCCGAACCUGGCUGCGCUUAUCGGUGAUACGGUCGGCGCCAGGCUGAUCUCCAAGGCGGGGUCCUUGACGAACCUUUCCAAGUACCCGGCCAGUACGGUUCAGAUUCUUGGAGCUGAAAAGGCCCUUUUCCGAGCGCUGAAGACCAAGGGAAACACUCCCAAGUACGGACUGAUUUACCACAGCUCCUUCAUUGGACGCACGGGACAAAAGUCCAAGGGAAGAAUCUCACGCUUCCUGGCCAACAAGUGCUCGAUUGCGUCGAGGAUUGACAACUUCUCCGACACACCAACUUCCAAGUUUGGCGAGGCUCUCAAGCGACAGGUUGAUGAGCGCAUUGAGUUUUACGCUUCUGGAGCGCCACCGGCGAAGAAUGCCGAGGUGAUGCAGGCGGCCAUGAAGUCUGUGUUGAAUGACAUUGGCAUGGAAGACCCGACGGCGACGGCGGCCGAGGAUGUUGAGAUGGCGGAUGGGGUGACGGCGGCAGCUACUGAGCAGGCGGUGCGCAAGGAGAAGAAGGACAAGAAGGCGAAGAAGGAAAAGAAGCGGAAACACGGCGAGGAGGAGGAUGGCGAAAAGAAGAAGAAGAAGAAGAAGAGCAAGGCGUGAUGAGGAACGAGUCAGCACAUGUAUUCAUACGGGCAUACUGUGUGGGCGUUUUGAAAGUGUUUUUUUCUGUUUUUUUCUUUUUUGGUGUUUGGGGAGUUUGCUGUGCGAGGAGCUCGUUGGGAGGAUUGCAAAAGGGCUAUGAGAUUAC